AUGCACGCUUGUCAAUUGGAUAUCGAGGUAUGGCACUUAUCCGAUGAGCAACCUUCAGAGGAAAUGAAGAUGGAAUUGGAAAGCUUGGGUGCCAAACCAAAGGAUUUAUCGGACCCUAAAUUGGUCAGGCCCAUUACCCUAAGAAGGAAUGCUGAAAAACAGUUUCAAAUAAAGGCGGCAGCGAUACUGAAUUCCUCCUUUAAAGAGGUCUUGUAUCUUGAUUCGGAUAAUCUACCUGCAAAAGACCCAACCUUUUUGUUUGAUACACCAGAAUACAAGAGCACGGGUGCAUUGUUUUGGCCCGAUUUCUGGAAAACGCACGGAGAAAAUAAAGUAUUUGAUGUAUUAGGCAUACAUUGUGAAGACGAAUGGGAACAAGAAUCAGGUCAAAUGGUGAUUGAUAAGGAGAAGUCUUGGCUUCCGUUACAACUCGCGUGGUACAUGCAAAAACAUUAUGAUGUCUACUUUCAGUUUUUGAAUGGUGAUAAAGAUACGUUCAAAUAUGCCUGGAAAGCCUUAAACAAGCCUUACCAUAUGAGCGAGGUCUUCGUAGGUAUGGCCGGCGAUAUGUUGGGAGAGCGUUUCUGUGGACAUACGAUGCUUCAAUAUUUCCCUACUCCCGGUGAAGAGGAAGACGACGAGUUAUUAUUUGUUCAUGCCAAUCUUUUGAAAAUCACUGAUAAAAUACACUUUAUACGUGACGAUGGUCAGGAACACCCUUGGGACUUGGCAAAACACUCUUCCAUGAGCCACUCAAAUACAUGGAUCAAGCCUGAAUUUUAUAUCGGUCCUGGUGGCCGCGCGUGUAUGGAUUUCACACAUCGUGAAGGUGAACCAGAAGCCGUAACAGAGAAUUUCGAUGAUGUGGUACCAAACCUCCAAUCGAAUUAUUUUAAAUAUGGUGGUAUCGGUGGUGAGACAAGAGUAUAA